UUUUCGAAUAAACAAAGGACUAUUUGUGAAAGGGCUACUGUAUAUUGGAACGUGUUGUACUAUAAUCAAGAUCCAUUCCUAAAAUGUUAUCCUUGGUGAAUCAAGUGGGCAUCGCGGAAAAGAGUCACGAAGAUGACAUCCAAGCACUUGCUUAUCAGGGUGGAAAAUUAUUUUCUGCCGGCGAGGACUCAUUCAUAAAGGUAUGGGAUCUGAUCUGUCAGACAGACAACAAUGAGAAGACCCUUCAACUUCAGGACGAGAUCUGCAAGCGAAAUGCGUCGAUUUCAUCCCUGGCUGUACACUCUGGAUCCCUCUACAUUGGGCAUUACGACGGGACGAUUCAGGCCUUGAGGCUGCCGGAAUUGCAAGAGUCCGUCAUGCUGGUUGUUGGUGCACAUGAUGACUCUGUCACCAAGAUCGUGAGUGUUGGAGAUACGGUGUUUUCCGGAGGCCAGGAUGCUGCUGUGAAGGUGUGGAAAGACGGAAACCUCACAUUGGUGUUGUCAGUGGUGGAAGAAGUGUUCGAUUUGGCCGUCGAUGGAAUGAUGAUCUUCUCAGUCCGUGACAGAGGAGUGACGAUUCAAGAACUCCUUUCCUUGACAGAAAGCAAUAAAUUCUCGAUAAAAGCUUCACUGGAAGGAAAAUCUCCCAUAGCUUUGACGAAGCAAUACUUUUUCGCCACCGGAAGCGAUGGACGCGGGAUUCUCCGCUACGAUCGCAAUAAUUACAACGAAAAACCCACCGAAUUACGGGGACACGAACUCAUCAUCAAUUGCUUGAAAUCUGUGGAAUUCGACGGAUGCAAUGAGGGAUCCGAAAUACUUUUUUCCGCCGGUUGGGACGGUGUGGUGAACGCCUGGAACCCUGUUUCCGGGGUUCGCUUGGCAUCAUGCAAUGUCGGGUUCCCUGUUCAUGCUAUGUGUUGCGGCGAAUCUGGCCACGUAUUCGUGGGUGGACCGCAAGGAAAUAUUGCCAUAGUCCGUUUUACGUCAGCUAGUUAGUCUGCAAACUUCAAGUCACCCUGAGAAAUGAAAUUUUUUGGCGAAACAUAUCGUGCGUGAAUUAAGUACCGUAAUUUAUUAUUGCAACAUCUUAGAAACGAAAAGUGAUUGCUGCGUAUGGAGUGUGACGAUGCACAAACAUGGAAUGACGUGAAUUUUUCUUUAGAUGCUGAGGUCUUUAUCGAAGAUUGGGUCUUUCGGAAAGCUUUCAGCUGGAAAUUUACAGUGAAUUUUUCGGUUACUUUAGUCAUGAUGAAAUUGAGCGAGGGUUGUCCCACAUGAGCGCGACCUUGGUUACUUCUGGUGUAUUUAUGACAGUAAAAAAAAAUUAUGAUAUGCCAAUGAUGUUGAAAGGUUCUAUAGUUUUUACGGAUUAAAAAAUCUUUCGAUUUACUGCAUGAAGAGUUCUCCACUCAUGUCACAGGGAGAUACAAAAUUUCAGGCCUGAUGGAAAUUGAAAUUUCUUUGUCGCAUUAACCAUUUAUUCUCCAAACCUUAGGACAAAUUUCCUUUAAAAAAAAUGACAAGCUUUGAGUGGCCUGCAUUUUGUCAGCACCCUUUGACGAGGUGGGUGGAGAACUCAGGCCAUUACUGGAAAGUUUUCUCUUAUCAUCAUGCAGUAUAUUGAAUAUUUUGUAAAUCUGAAAAAAAAUCUCAGAACCUUACAUAAUCAUGGGCUGUAUCAAAAAUGUUUUACGGUAGUAUGUACUCGUCCAAAAAUAACCAAGGUCGGAAGCCGACGUGGGUAAAACCCUCGUACACUAUAUAUUAUUGUGGGAUAUGAUUCAGAAUGAAAACUUUUGGUUCAUGAAAACUGUUCUCUUUGAAUCGUGUUUGGCGGGGAAAUACAAGGUUAAGAGGAAAAUUAGAGUUAGAAUUUGACCUUGAUGAGAAGCGUUUUUUUCAAAAUUCUGACUCAGGCUUCAGGGAAUUUAUUUUGAUGUCCUUGGAGAUAAAUAUAGUAUAAUUGAUAUUUUUGUGAGGAUGAGAUGAACCCCUCUGAUAGUUUGCUGGUUCGAAGGGUGGAAAAAGUCUUCAGUAUCGAAUUGGUGUGGUUUGAGAAACACGGCGUUUUGCUGAUAAAAUACAUUUGAGAAUAUCUAACAAGUGCCGGAGUCUGCCGUGAUGAUAAACAGAUACUCUCUUAUAAAGAAAGAAUCUAAGAUUUUUUAACAGUAUCAAAACUGUCAAAUUUUGAUAUUGAACUGCUGUAUCGAAAUAAAGUUAUGGUUAUGCAGCUACAAAAUUGUGCGACGCAUACCCUGGUCAUGUGUUCAUCUGCAGUUUUUUUAUGUCGAUUCAUCAUUGACGUUAUUUUUGCCCUUUGUGUUAUCUGCGAAUGUUGCUGAUUAAGAUGUCAUAAUGCAAUCGAAAUAAAUUCGAUUCCUGAUAUAAAAUGCGACA